AUGGCGCGGAUUGGCAUGAUGGACAAUGCCUACUUCGUGGGGCGCGGGGAGCUCCUCGGGUGGAUCAACAGCACGCUCAACCUGAGCCUCUCGAAGAUUGAGGAGACCUGCUCCGGCGCCGUGGCCUGCCAGAUGGUCGACGCCGUCAAACCAGGCGCUGUCCGGAUGGACAAGGUGAACUUCACGGCCAAGUCCGAGUACGAGUACAUCAACAACUACAAGGAGCUGCAGAAGGCGUUUGACAAGCUUGGGCUGGACAAGCACAUAGAGGUCAACAAGCUGAUCAAGGGCCGGCCGCUGGACAACACCGAGUUCAUGCAGUGGCUCAAGGCCUGGUUCGACGCGGAGGCCCAGAGCGAGACGCUCGAGAACUACAACCCCGACGCGCGGCGGGCAAAGAACCCCGCGAACGCGCGGCUCGGGAAGGCCAGCUCCGUGCGCGCGGCCAAGAACCCGCCCGCGCGCACCCCCUCCAACACGGGGCCCGCGGCGGUGCGCAAGGCCAACUCGGUGCGCGCGGACCGUCCCAGCGGGGCGCCCGCGGCAGCGAACACGCCCCCGCGGGCCACGAAGGCGACGACUCCCGCCAAGAAGGCGCCCGCUGCAGCUGCGGGUCCGGAGACGGAAGAGCUGACGCGGCAGCUGGGGGAGUUGAAGAUGACGGUAGAACAGGCGGAGAAGGAGCGGGACUUCUACUUCGGGAAGCUCCGCGAGAUCGAGAUCCUGUGCCAGUACCUCGAGUCCAAGGACAUGCCCCUCGUCAACGUCAUCGAGAAGAUCCUGUACGCCACCGACGACGAGGGCACGCGCGUGGCGAUGGAGGAGGCACAGAAGACGUUUGGGUUCAGCCUGGACGUGCCGCCCGGGAACGGCGACGCAGCGGCCGCGCCGGGGCAGGAGGGCGCCCCGGCGGCCCCCGGGGACGCCGCGAGCGACCCGUUCCAGCCCGGGGAGCGCACGAGCGUGAUCUCCCUGAGCGAGGACACCAACGGGCCGCUGGUGGACAUUCCGCAGGGGACGAUCAGCGAGCCGCUCAAGUGCACGAGCCCCGUGAUCAAGGACGCGGGGGACGCGUGA